UAUAUCAGUAACAUUCAUUUAAGCUCUUCCAUAAAUCGACAACAAUAUUUUUUUACUAUUGAAUAAUGAAAAUAUAUUCCAAUAUCUGAUUUACAUCUCUAAAUUACGUAAAUCUUUAUUUUUUCUCGUAAAUUUAAAAUAUUUUCGAAAUGGAUACUGUUAACGCGUCUUCUGUUGUCGUGUAUGUUCAGAAGAGAUCAAAUGUGGUUUAUAAAAGUGAUUACAGUGUUGAUUUUUGGAAAGAAGCGAAGAAACGUUGGAUGUUAUUGGGAGUGCUAUUAACAGUUGCCAUGGCAGUUCUUACGUCGCGUUAUGGGCAUCCCGGAGGCAACUACAUGCAUGUUCACUUAGAUCCUAGAAAGCAUUGCACCUAAUCGCCCAUGCAAUCAAAUAAUAUCACUAGAUUUCAUACAUUAAGGUGUUCAUAUCAAGGUGUCCUUCGAACUGAGUAUCUGGUAUAUCUGCCGAUGUCCUACAUUUAUUACACAUCUGGUCGGACACAGUUACAGUCAUGUCGUUUGAGAGUUUAUGUGCUAUGUAUUGCACACACACACUGUGUAUCCUUGGCUCUGUGUGUGCUCAUCAUCAGUACACUAUCUGUGGCUCUCGAUAGAAGGAUUAUUGAAGGGGCAAUACUGACCUCAGUGUCGAGACCUUGUGCUUGGUUACCUUUAUCACUCAGCAGCGACGGUGUGACUCCGGCUUUAACCGUCGCAAGUUACGCCGCAUCCUAUGUGUUCCUGCCCUUAACACACGUGUUUUUGUGCGGCCGAAUUCCAAUACAGCCUAUAAAGACCUUAAUCGUCAACACUGUGACAGUCAUAGUGCCAUUUGCACUCGGCACAUUAUCCCAGAAAACUGACAUUGGUAAGUUUAUCAAAGCGACAUAUAUAUAG